CGCUCACUUGCCUGCAGACUUGCUGCAUGCAUUUUGUUUUGACGCGAAUUUCGAUCGAACCAAGAAUCGGUGGAAGUCGGUAAGAUUUUGUCCUCUCUGCAAGAAUCAUUUUCUUUUCUUGGGCUGCGCUGCAGCAGCCAGUGUAACAAAAGGUCGUAGGACAUUAGCCUGGCUCCAAGGACAUCCUUAUAUUUUUGAUACUGUUAUUCUAUGCGUUGCGGUGAUCGGUGAAAAUACUUUAGAUUUAAUAGUGAAUUAUCGUAUAAAAAAAAGUGAGUCAGGGGAACUUAUCUGCUGGCUGUGAUUUAAUCGAAAUCAUCUGAUCAGAGAGAACGGCGUCAGCUGCAAGGUUUCCUCGUCUUGUAUCUUAUGGUGUUUGCUCCAGCCAGGGGAGUGAUUGGCCUUAGCCGGAGAGAACAGCACACAAGUCGCGAGAAGCAUAGCAAGAAAGUCACCCAUCGUAGAGUCUGGUCUGGUGCUCUGCUGUAUUCGAAUAUUGCUUAACAGUAGUACUCAGUUUGACCUGGUGAACGAAAACCACGAAAACACGCCGUGUCUCACAACAAGACCAGCACGGCUCGGGUAAAGAAUCAAAUCUUUGGCUGUCGCUAACGGGUUGGAGCUGCAGAAGGUUUUUCGAUCAAGAUUCGGGUGGUGCUGCUUCGAUUUGCUGGCAACUAUUGUGCAAUCGAUGGUUUUAGUGGAAGAACAAAUGAAGUGUUGAGGGUUUUUGGGAAAAGUUUACGAUCGAUUAAUUUCAAGUGUUGAAGCAUGAUAUCGAAAAAGUAGAAGUGUUAAGUUAUUUGAAAGAGUUAUAAAAACAGCUCUCAUCGGGAAUGGAAAACAAAGGCUUACAGCUGGUCCUAUCGCAGACAUAAUAUUCUAACAAUCUUCCACCACACCAUCAGCUGAAAGUUUGCAUCUGCGUAGUCCAAACGUGAAUGAGUAUCCAUUCACAGAACCCCGGAGCGUGUAUAUUGUGUGGGUGCAUCAUAAUUCCGUGGACAGCAGCAAGCUGUUGGUCCCCUAAGUAAUACGUGAGUCGACUUUUUUUUUUGUCGUAAUAUAAACGUGCACGACCUUCGGAUGUUGUGGGUGGCCCCUUGCUGGACGUAGUUUCCCUAGUAAUGAAAGUAGUUGCACUGCGUCGAGUGCAUCUCUAAACACAGGGGGAACGUCGUGAGUGACAUACAUAAAAUAAAAAGGUGCAUGGCUGCCAUUAUUGUGAGAAGCAAGAUCGCACGUUAGUGUGAAUUUAGAUAAGUGGAAGAGUUCGUUUGUCGAGCAACCCAGCCCAGUGUGUAACAAAGCUUCGGUUUGCAUGUGGCUGCUGCAACUGUAUGCAGUUUGCAUCAUUCUGUGAAUCAUUCUCAGCUUAGUUUGCGGCGUUCGGUUUUGAAGCGUCACGAGAGGAUUAACUUAACCGAGAUUUUACGUAUUAAAUUUGCAACUGCGGAGGAAGCAGGUCGACCGACGUUCCUGAUAACCGAACAGAAAGAUGGGUAACGUGGUGAAUAAGGUUGUUUCCAGUCCGAUGCAAGCGAUUCGCAGCAGGAAACGGAAACGGCGAGAUUCGGAAUCCGACGGUAGUGAGGAGAUUAAUGAUUUGCUGGACAAAUCGUUAGCUACUCCCAAAAGAAAGAAGCUGAUAUCGACGGCCAAGUACAUCUACCAGGCGCUGUUCAAGGAGGAACGCAACUCGGACAUCACGGUUCAUGCACUUGGAAAAGUGUGGCAUCUGCACAAAGUAUAUUUGAGCCAGAGUCCAUAUUUUGCUAGCAUGUUCAAUGGGUCCUGGCGGGAGGCGGACGAAGACUAUGUGCACAUCGAAAUCAUCGAUCCGAAGAUAACGAUCGAAUCGCUGUACUCGGUCUUCGGUUCGCUAUACAUGGACGAAGUGGUGCUUGAACCCCGGGAGAUUGUAUCAAUUCUGGCCACCGCAACGCUCUUCCAGCUGGACAGUUUGAUCGAUCGGUGUGCGGAGGUGAUGAUCGAGACCACUAAUGCCGAGACCGCGGUCCGGUACUACGAGGCGGCUUGCGAAUACGGGGUCAAAGUCGUGAAACAAUCCACCUUCAGCUGGUUGCUGGUGAAUCUGCUAAGCUUGUACCACAAAACCGGCAAAUGGCUCCGGCUGAUUAGCAUCGAACUGAUGGAAGCCCUGGUCGCCAGUCCGGAUUUGUACGUAAUGCAAACGGAGCUUUCGCUGUACACUUUGUUGCGGUUCUGGAUGUACUUGAGGUUACAUGGUAAAGAGAUGGCGGGAGAUGAGGACAGAGUUGUGGGCGAUGAACAAGUGCAAUUUUUUGUCAAUCGAAGCGGUACCACCCCGUUUCUGGCAACGAGUAAAGGAAAACCAUUCGAAAAGUGCUUCCGGGCGUUAAGAUUGCACAAUCUGUUGAACCAUCACGUGGAUAUUCGGGUUCUAAAACAGGAUAAAAUCAUUCCAUUCGAGUGGUUGAACGAACCACUUUUCCGGCAAUGGAACAGCAUGUUACUAAUAGAUCAAUCGCUAGAUAAAGGUCCCAAGGAUGUUGAUGAUAAGGUUUUUUUGGAAACGUGCGUUCGAUGUGGAAGAAGUUUACCGGAAAAUCAAUAUCUCAAAUGGCGUUGGACGGGAUUCAAUUUCGGUUUGGAUCUGAUCCUCAUAUCGGACACCAAAACGCUGAGGAUAAAACGGCAUCACCGAACGGAAAACGAAAGGCUGCUAAGCUUACAGGUCAAAAGGCAGUUUCUAAUACGAGUAUCUUUGACAUCGUUGAACGAUCUUCGACAGAUAAAGCACCAACAAACCACUCCCAUUCAGGCAAUUUCGUUAGACAAGAAUGAAGAAGCCAUGCUAGCCGUUUUCGAUAAAGAACUAACCUACCCGAUUCUGAUAUCGGUCAACAUGCUGGUGGUGUCCCCACCGCAAACGGGUGCCACGAACCCAGCCACAGCAUCCACAAAUCCGUCCUCCACUGCAGCUGGUCCAUCAACGAGCAAUAGGCAGCAACAGCGAGACGCCCCAACCGAUGAGGAAUCCUUAGAUGCAACGGUAUUUGGAUCCUGAUUGCAACCGAUAAGGAGUGCUCACCUUCCGUGGAUAAACCACUCGAGUAGCCAACAUCAACGGCCCGGUAGCUGUUAAAAAUCUCACUCGUUGAUUUGAUGUUAGUUAUCUCACCAACCGCCUGUUAUGUCACGCGAAAUAUUGGGCACAGGACAAAUCAGCCGAUAGAUGCCUUUAUCGUACGUUGACCGCGGAAUACAUCGGUCUGCAUCUGUAGCACAAUCACACACAUAAAACGGCGCAGAAAGUUAGCAUUUUUUUUAUUGUUCGCUCAACUGUCGUUGUCACGCAAUUGAAACCGAAUCGCUGAUUAUCAGGUGCCAUUAGAUUAUUCCAAUUUGCAAUCAUUUUGUGGAAGGAUUAUUUCCCUUCUGAUUAGGAGAUACUUUAUUAUUUGAAUUUUUGGACAGUUUUUCCCACAAUUCAAUCAGAUUGAAGUGGUUGGUUUUUAGAUAGGGGUUUACAAUAAGUAUAAUUGUAUCUUUAGUAAUUCAUGAAGUCAGUUUUUUUUUUGUGGAAUUUAUUUUACAUGAAAUUUAUUUGCGAGCUUGGGCAUAUUUGGCACUACGAGUUUUUUUAAGGUAUGUGUAACGUUAUUUGAAUUUAUCGGUAGUUCGUUGUUCCACCAGAGCAAUGGGUUAUGGUAAUACAAAUUUCAAUAGUUUGAUCUAUCAGGUUUUCAACUUGAUGGAAUAUUGAUUUUGAGUAAUAAAACAUUCUAUAUGCAAUAAUUUGGCAUUGUCAGUUAGAAUAAAAAUUUAAGAAUAUACUUUUUUAAUUAGAAAAUUCUAAAAAAAUUCUUUUAAACAUUUCUUUAUUAGGAAAAUUGACCCGAGUGUUAAAAUCAAGGAUAAUUCGAUGGUUCCUACUCUUUCAACUAAAUAAAAUUAUUGAUUUAAUGAUGAUUUAACAAACUCAACCACUUCUUUGACCAUUUGAAAAUAUUUACGUAGCAUUAACGAUAGAAGAAAACAACCAUUGAAGGUUAAUAAUAGUUGAAUGAAAUUGCUGAAAUAAGUAGGUAUCAAUAUAAUGCAAGCUAAAUGAAACAUUAUUUCUGUCGCAGGAAUGUUAUCGGUAUACAUUGGCCAAUUUUAUAAAUCUGUCUGUACACUCUUGACGUCUUAUUAAAUAGUGUUUAAUAAUAAAUUAAAAUCAACUUUUUUUUAAUCAAAAUUUCCUCUUUAAAACAAUUGACUUCUUUAGAAAAAACUUUUCUAUAAAGUUUAGAAAAUUCCAAUUUAUUUCAAAGUUUUUUGUGUCGAAUGAUGAAUUUUCUUCAAUAACUUUUUAAAACUGAGUUCGUUUUAUUUAGGAUACCAACUAAUUUAGACUUAUAUUCGAUAGUGCUUUGUCUUUGUAAAACAUAUCGUUUUGUUAGGUUUUAUUCCAAGCCAUGAUUCGAAUUUUUAGGGAGAAAAUUAUUUAAAGUAAGUCAUAAGCAGCUCCAAGUGUUAUAAUUCCAUGCCACCAACCAAUUCAAAUGUGCUUACCAUUUAAAAUCUAAGUCAAUUUAAAGAGUAAUAAUAUACCUUACGUUAUAAGUUACGUCAAAAAUCAAAAUAAACUACUAGACUAACACGUUAAGUGCUUAGGUCGUGUAAGUGAUAUUUGUGAAUGUUCUUAAUAGCAUAAGGAUAAUUUAACUAGCUAAAGGAUAAGAUUCUCAUAUUUACCAACUUAACUUAUUGGCGAUUAAGCUUAAUCGCUUGACCAUCUAGACCUAGGAUCAUUCAUAAGAAAACAAGUUGUAACCACAAUACUUAAAACCCACAUUUUCGAUACAACUUAGUUUACAUUGGUUAUUUUGUGUACGUUUACGAGCUAAUAAGCAUUAAGGGACAAAGCUGACUUGUGUCUAUCCAGUGUUUAACUUUCCAUCGUUCCAACGCUUACAAAAAUAAAAAAUAAGUCUAUUCCUGAAA